AUGGCCGAUGCAACAAAAAAAGAAGACGACGUAGUUGUUUCGCAGGAUGUCGUUCAACAAGACGACCUCGAACGCACUCCACCUACUGAAGAAGAUUGGAAAACAUUACGAGAAGUCCCUGGUACCAUUCCAUGGGCUGCGUUCCUCGUCAUUGUCAUUGAAUUUUGUGAGCGUUUCACGUAUUAUGGUAUCUCUGGUCCUUUCCAAAACUAUGUUCAGUUCCCUGAUCCUGGUGAAUAUCCCGCUGAACAGCCUGGUGCUAUGGGGCGUGGUCAACAAACGGCAACGGCUUUGAAUACCUUUUUCCAAUUUUGGUGUUAUAUCACCCCCAUUAUUGGUGGUGUUAUUGCUGAUCAGUACUUGGGCAAAAUCAAUGCCAUUAUUCUUUAUGGCUGCAUGUACUUUGUUGGCUUGCUUAUUUUGACAUUGACGGCUAUUCCUUCUGCAAUUUCCUCUGGCAGCGCAUUCCCAGGCUUUGUUGUUGCCAUUAUCGUUAUCGGUAUGGGCACGGGUGGUAUCAAAGCCAAUGUCUCUCCUCUUGUUGCAGAGCAAUACCAAGACAAAAAGCCCUAUGUGAUCACAACCAAGAAGGGUGAACGUGUCAUUGUCUCACCACAGGCCACGUAUCAACGUAUUUUCAACAUGUUUUACUGGGCCACCAACGUUGGAGGUAUUUCAGCCAUUGCCACUACCGAAAUGGAAAAGAACAUUGGUUUUUGGGCUGCUUUCUUGUUGCCAACAUGUAUGUUCAUCCCUGGUAUCUUGAUUGUGGUUCUUGGACGUAAGCGAUACGUUCAAUCUCCCCCACGGGGUUCGGUGGUCCUUGAAGCUGGCAAGGUGAUUUGGUAUCAUACAAAGAUAAACGGCUUCUUCCCCAAUUUGGACAAGAUGGAUGCUUGCAAGCCAUCCAAACUUGCCAUAUCCCAUCCUGAAAUUGCAUCCAAGGCCACAUGGGACGAUGUCUUUGUUGAUGAAUUCAAGCGUACCUUGCGAGCUUGUGUUGUGUUUUGCUGGUAUCCCAUCUACUGGCUUUGCUAUUUGCAAAUCAGCAACAAUUUGCUUUCUCAGGCUGCUACCAUGUGGACCGGCAACGUCCCCAAUGAUAUCAUGAAUAACAUUGAUCCAUUGUUCUUGGUAAGACGCUUUUAUCAUCCUAUGGAUACAUCGAGAUACUAA